CGCGAAAUCCACCGCUCUCCGCCCCGAGUCGCCAACGUUGUCGUCGUUGUAACCUGAGCAUCGCCCUUGCAUUUUUGCCCAGUAGCUCUUGCACGGCCUGCUCCGACUCCAGACUUCCAAGUGCAGCCUUGAUCCUCGCUACUUCUUCGGCAGAUGCACUCACUCUAGCAUGUGCCACGUUUGCUCUGCACCGAUGAGUCGGCGUCGAUGUGAACGGGCGACGACGGUCAGGCCAUGGCCCGUGCUCGCGUGCCUUCGUCGAGUGCGCAGGUUGUUGAUGAGUGCGCCGUCUUCCGCGAACUGCGCCCUGCAAGAUUCGUCAGCGCGUACCUCCUUCUCUCGUGUCCGUCCUCUGUGCAUCGCCGCGCCACCCGUCCGCAUCGCCGCGCGCCGUCCAAUGCCUAUGGCGGCAUGCACCCUGUCCACUCCUCGCCCUGGUCUGUCUCCGUGCUCGUCCUGCGCCAACCGCGCGUCACCGGUUGACUGGAUCCUCUCGAUGUUCGUCAGCGCGCCCGCGUCUCCGCGCGCAUCUCUUCCUUUCCUCGUCGCGCCACACCGUCCCCAACGCAACGUCCGUCCGAUGUCCAGCAGCCCUCCGCUCCUCACAGUGAUUCUCCUCUCGCCCUCGCCUCCUCUCCACGCCCGUCGCUCGCCACCCGGGGUCUGUGCCUUCAUGGUCCUGCGUUGCGAUGCUGUCCGGGUCUUGUGUAGCAUGCCGGUGUGUCUUGCGUUGACGUUUCCAUACUACACGGAACUGACGUCCAUCCCCACUGACUAGACAUCGGGCGCUGCGUGCGAGGUAGCAUAGCGACGCGACACCGGUACGUCCGCGACCUAGCUCGUGACGUCCACCUGACCGAACC